CGCAAAUGUCCAUGAUAAGACUAUUUGUGACUUUCGUUUAUAGCUAGAUGAUGAAUUAAAUAAGUGUUGUGCUUUUGCGGAUUUCUGGAAUUAUCACAGGCAGACUUCUUAUAUUUUCACACUUUUAAAUCACCAAAAAAACAUAUUAAAGCAGACAUUCCUCAAGAGGAGAGCGGGCUGUUGAGUGGUUUAGGUAGUCUCAUGUUGUUGGGCUAUAUUAUCUCUCCCACAACACGAAACUGCCUUGAUUACCUCAGUAAAACUCGUCGCAUCGUGAAAAGUGAAUCACUAUCAGCUACUAAUUGUAAUUAUUCAUAAUUUGGCGCAAUCUGCUUCAACCGCAAAAGUGCAAUAAUGUGUUUUAUUUCUGUGCGUAAAAAGAACCCUUGAUAUUAAAUUUAUCUCUAUGUGAGUUUUUUUUUUUACUAUAAGGCGACAUAAUUUAUGUAACUGGACAUUAUUAUAUUUAUAGAUAGACACAAACUUUAUUUUUCACCAUGUCUAUAAUUUAAGACUACCUCUGCAAAUGAUUAUACACAACCAUACGUGAUCUAAACAGCAGGAAGUAGCGAUCCAGGCUAGGAAAUGUGAAAGGAUUAUAUGUCCAGGAGAGGAGAAAAGGACAGACAAGGCCUCGGUUAUGAUCAUUGCAGUCUGCCAGUUGCCUCGCCGUAGGAAAUGCCGGAUGCGUCUGCUUGAGCCAGAGAAUGGACACAAAGGCUGAGCUUUAUUGGUGAUAUUUAGCUUAGACAGCCAGGUUGUAACCUUAAGAAAAACAACCCAAUUGCCCGUGAUAAAAAGGACUGUGAUAUAGCACCCAAAUAACCUCACCCCACUUUCCGUUUUAGAUUGCCUUCAAAGUAGACCUACAACCCUGCAGACACAGCAAUGUGCAUCUUGGAAACUGUCCCUUAAUAUGUGUUGAUAUUGUAAACUCAAACGAUCCUUUUAACGCACAUUUGAUUGUUUUAUCUUAUUUAAUUAAAAAAAAAGAAACUAGACAAUGUUUUUCACACCAGUCACUAACAAGAACCAGGUUUUUUUUUCCCCCAAAGUAGAAGUUUUAUAGAUGGACGUCAUUAAAUAAUUACACGCUUUUUUAUUUCGGAGGAUAAAUAAUCCCAUUAGGUUUUUAUGAAUAUACACAUUUUUAAAGGAAGGUGUUUGGUGAUUUCAUAAACGGAGGCUUUAAAGUAGCAUCACCUCUCUGCUCCCCCUAUCACAAGAUUAUACUAACAUAAGAUCUCUUGACAAAAAUCAUAACGUUUAUUGCUUAUAAAACGAAAUAUUUCCCAAUAAAGGCGCGGGGAUUUGCUAUUAAAAUAUGGUGGGGAAAAUGGUGGCCAUUUAGUUGAGCAGCAGGCUGAUUUAUUAUUUAUUGUUCUGUCCCACGGUCACGUGUUUGGGGCGCCCUAUCCAGUCUUGGACAAGGUUCAACUUGCUGGACGCAUUGAGCUCCUAGCUGGUGCAGGAAAGCAGAACAUUAUCAUACAAUGAAUCUGUUUUUUCUCAACACUGCAGGACUGUAAACGCGUUAUUUUUUUUUAUUUUUUUUAGUUUUGUCGCUUUUUGCAUUUUUGCAAUGUCGACGCUGGGGACAAGUUAUUAUGUCGACUCGCGUGUUCUUCCCGAGCAGGAAGAUAUGGCACCGAGGUACUCAUCAGCUGCAGGGGUGGAGCAGGCGAUGCUCACCGAAUAUGGCGGACAGGAGUCUUGCCCUUUGCAGGCGAAAUCUUCUAUUUUUGGUGGAUCUUGGAGUCCCAUCUCGGCCCACCCUCCAAACACGGCCACUCCGACCUAUAUUCAUCACCAUUACACAGGCGGUGACAGCGAUGGCAUGUUUACGCGCUCCUGGGCGUUGGAUCCGGUCUCUGCGUCUCUGUGUUUGACGGGAUUACCAUCGACAGCCAUGCAUUAUGAGAUAAAACCUGAGCCUCUGAUUGGGAGUGGUGAAUGUACAACUUUGGAGACGCACACGCUUCUUUUGUCUGACAUUGAAAACGGAGCGUCAGUUGCGGAGAUUCCCAGCGAAACCACAUCUACGUCUAAACCCGCUGACGAAAGUCCGUCAGCUGAGGAAAAGAGGGAGAUAGAUGCAAAUAACCCGUCAUCCAACUGGCUUCACGCAAAGCCCACAAGAAAAAAGCGUUGUCCGUACACAAAGCAUCAGAUCCUCGAACUGGAAAAGGAGUUUCUGUUUAACAUGUACCUCCCCCGGGACCGUAGAUACGAAGUAGCGAGAGUCCUGAAUUUGACCGAGAGACAGGUGAAAAUCUGGUUUCAAAACCGCAGGAUGAAGAUGAAGAAAGACAACAAAGACCGGCGGAGAGACAGUUAACUGGUGUUAGACUGACGCUGGAUUAGAGCCUGAAGGGGGAGGAAGGGGGUCUGACCGUAAUAUUCCUGACCUGUUCCACAUGUUGUUGUAUAGUUUGUGUUGUUAAAACAAUGUUUGUUUGUUUUUUUUGUUCUUAUGAUAUCCUGCGGUUCAUGUUUAUGAGAGGACGAAGUGUCCUGUCAGAAUUUAGAUGUGUUGUAUUUGGCGCACAGAGAUAGUGAGCUAUAGGCCGUUUGUUUGCAUGAAAUGAUCAGUGACUACCUGAAUGUCUUUCAGCUACCUAUUUGCAAUAUUUAAGUUAUUGUUUUUUGCAUUUUAUAUGUUGUUUUUUUUUUAACCGUUUGGUUUUCAUGCCAUUUGUGAAAACACUGUGCACACUUAAAAUACCUCGUCGUUCCUGGUUUCAUCCAAAAUAAAGAGUAGUUUGUACAGCACAUGAGAAAAUUAUUAUGUCUUAUUACUGUGGCUAUCAUUACUUAAUA